AUGGCUAGUAAAUGCCAACUUUGUCAAGAGGUUUUUGCUUCUCGAAAAGAUCUUGUUACUCAUGAAAGAAUUAAGCACCGAAAUAAUAAAAUUAUACCUCACCGCAAAUCAUUUCUUCAACCUCCUCUUGAGCAAAUUACUUUUUAUCAAGAUGCAUUUAUAGUUCUUAUUAAAAAAUAUCUUGGCUUUAAUAGGCAUUCAGUAGGCACAAAACAA